AGAAUAAGAGACUUAGAGAUAUAGUUAACCCUCAAACCUCUCCUCUACAUCACGUUUUCUCUCACUUGUUUAGUUACUUUAAUCUAUUAGUCAAUCUCAGGUGUGUCAGGUGUGUCAGGUGUGUCUACAGCUCUUAUUUCUACAGGAUAGUAAUAAUGAAGAUCUGGCAGCCUGAGAGGUGUUGUGGCAGCAGUUUACGUACUGGGAGUCUGGUCGUCGGGUCACUGGCUCUGGUGGGAGCCGUACUGGAUAUUAUCAAUGGCUGCGCUGGAACGCUCGCUGUUGUAGUCAGCAUGUUUGGGAGGUUAAAAAUAAUCAGCUGUUUGAAAGAUGUUGAAAGUGAAGAGUGUCAAUACGAUACUUCUCACUCUGCGGUGUAUUUUGCUGUCGCUCUGUUGCUGGCUGAGAGCAUCCAGGUUAUUGCUUGCUCUAUGUUGAUUUAUGGGAUCUAUAAGGAACGACACAGGUUAAUGUUACCUUAUAUACUCUGGAGCUGCGUCCGGCUGGCCACGUUCCUCGCCUUCUCUGUUUGUGUCGUUGUGCUGUAUUUCUACAUGCCCCUUGUUAUCCUCAUACUGUUGUCGGCCGUGUUCCUACUCGCUGCCGUAGAAGCCAUCUACAUCUUGAUUAUCCGUUCUCAAUACCUAAAGAUGAGACAAGCUCAGUCUGAUGUUCAUGUGAUCCUGGAGGAAGAAUCUGCUGAUUUAUAGGAGGUGAUGUAUAACAUCAUCAAGGAGAUCAAGACUUACACCACCUGUCAAACAAGCACUAGAACAAUUUUACCUUCCUCAUUGGUGUUCUCUCUCUCCUCAGUAUAACAUCAUCAAGGAGAUCAAGACUUACACCACCUGUCAAACAAGCACUAGAACAAUUUUACCUUCCUCAUUGGUGUUCUCUCUCUCCUCAGUAUAACAUCAU